GGUUUGAUUUGUCCGGUCCGACCCCUAUCAAAUCCCCCCCAAACCGUUUUCUCAAACCACUCCCGACCACAUCUAUUCGGGAUUUGCCUGCUCCGCGAGAACGAGAAAAUGCAACCAUUUUGCUCGGUUUUCACUUGCAGCAGCACCUCCUGCUGCUUUUUCCGCUCAAAAAUGGAGGAGACUCCACUCUGCCAAAGGCAAGAGAGGCAGAAGAAACUGCCGCCGGGAGGAGGAAGAAGUAGUGGCGAUGAUGGCGGAGGAGGAGCAGUUGAGGGGCUGGUGGCUGCCGCUGUAACGCUGGUCUUAUCCACUUCCUGCCUCGCUUCUGCUCCGGUAGCCUAUAGCCUGUCCAUGUCGAAUGGAGCAGCUUUGUUUCAGAAAGCCUGUAUUGGCUGCCAUGAUAUGGGAGGCAAUAUUUUGCAGCCUGGUGCGACUCUCUUCUUAAAAGAUCUACAAAGGAAUGGUUUUGACACGGAGGAAUCAUUAUACAACAUAACAUACUAUGGAAAGGGAAGAAUGCCAGGAUUUGGAGAGCAGUGCACGCCGAGAGGGCAAUGCACAUUUGGACCAAGGUUGCAGGAGGAUGAGAUUAAACUCUUGGCAGAGUUUGUCAAAUUGCAAGCCGAUGGAGGAUGGCCAAAGUUGGAGAUCUUUGGAGAUUGAAUUCCUCAUGGAACAUGUUCAGAUUGUCAUCUCUUGUUGAAAUACAUGCUGUACAUAAGGUUGAAGAGCUUUCAUCAGUGUUGAAUUGUAAUGAUUGUGCAAUUCAGAAUAACAGCAAAAGACUAGAUCAGUAAACUUCCUGUUUCGAGAUA